AUGGACGAGGUUCUUGGCGGGAAGAGGUUCCCCUGCAAAUGCCUAAACUGCGGUCAAAAGGGCUUGACUGCAAAUCGAUCCUUUGCCACCCACACACACUCCAACAUCACUUUUACCGACAUCGAACGUGGUCCUGGCAAGGAGAGUGGCCCGAACGUAGGAACUCUCGCCAACUAUUACAAUCCCAACAACAUCCACAACGUCAACUAUCAUGCGAUGACACACCCCCCGAAUCCCAACAUGCCACGGGGUGGAUGGACCACCAACGCAUCAAGGACAAGAACAUACGGUCAUGGCCAUCAUCAGGCUUCACCGAUCUCGCCUCGCAGGGGAGCAUCGACGCAUUCAUGGGCGGAUACUGCAAGGAUGGCGAAGGCUAAAUGGGACGCAGACGCAUUACAUCACAACCCUGCCACUCGAGGCGACCAAGUAAAUAUUUGGACCGAGGGACCUGAGUUCGACUUUACGGACCACGCCCCAGACCUGUACACGACACCAGACAAUUACCCAUCCACCUCCAUGCCCACCACGUGGGAGCAUGCAACUUCAAGGAGAAUGAAUACUCUUGCAAGGCCAUCGACGUAUGGGGACGUCAACCCGUCCUUUUUCGCCACAGCUGCCCCACAACCCAACGAUACCGUUUUCUACCACGAUUCCUCAUCCAACCCUGGGACAACAUCAGACAGAGUUCUAGCAGGAGCGAACACGGAUGGCCAGACAUUACCAGAGUUUGUCAGGUGGAAUACGCCGGUGUCUCGGGUGAAGGUGUGCGGAUUCCACAUGCACGCGAUGGAGUGGCACAAGAUCCAGAGCAUUGGGACGGACGAAGCCAUCGCGCUGGCGGAGCGAGCACAGUGCCCAAAAUUCAACCUCUCUAUCACGCGCUGGCUGGACAAAGGAUUCAAUCACUUGGAAAUGGAGCCAUUCAACGCCGUCAAAUGUUUCUGCGGGAACGCUUUGAUCGUCACCAAGGACCAUUCUCGGAAUCGCUACGAGCUUACCUGCCGCAACCGACACAAACAGACGACGUUAGGACCGAGUCAUGGUGGCCCGCAGCUGCAGCAGCCCAACAACAAUUUUUCACCAGGAGUUCCGGAUUCGUGCUCGAUGGUGAUUCCUGUCGAUAAAGUCAAAUAUCGCGCGCGCUUAGAACCUGUGCACUGGGAAAUCCGAUCGGAUGACUGGCUCUCCCGAUUCUUCAAACCUCCAGCGACAUUGGAUGGCGCCGACAACGACCAGAGAUCAAGUCCUAGGGUACUGGUAUCAGCAAUGAAGAAGGAAGACAUUGGAUCCUUUUCUCAUUACAGUCGAGCCCGGAUGAUCAGACUCAAGACGUUGACAUUCAAGGAUCCGAUUUCGGAAACGAUCCAUCUUCCUGCAAUGCCCCCUUCACUGAUGACUGCACAGGAUUUUGACUCCGGUGACUGGUUCCCACCGAGACAACUGGAGAGGAAUGAAGCUGCCCAGGCGCUGAAGAUCUUGCUGGGAGAACACGAUGUUGACUUGUCUGAUGAGGUCUUUGCUCGGCAGAUGGAGGUGGCCGGGGUAUGCGAACUCCCGCCAGCCUUGACGCGGAUUGCAGUCAAGGAAGGAUGCAGAGACGCUGACGAUUAUCUCCAGGCGAGUGAGGAGCGGAUGAGGUUGGACAUCAAGGCGUACAUGGAGCGACAGGAGCAACUGGAAGUCCUUUUGGAUUCAGCCAAGACGAGACACGCCAACACCGUGGAAAGGAUCCGGACACUAGAGUCGAAUGCUCAGCUGUUAUCAGAGCUCAAGUGCCGGGUCUGUUAUGAGCGGCAGAUUAAGUUUGCGAUUUUGCCCUGUCACCACAUGGUCUUGUGCACGGAGUGCGCCCGGAUUGUUGAGAGCUGCAUUGUCUGUCGAGGACCUAAGCUCGGCACCCUUCGAGUUAACCUGGGGUGA